CACGUACCUCGCCCUCCCCCUUCCUCUCUCACUCCACUGCUCUCUCCCUCCUCCUCUCCCUCCCAACCCCCGGUCAAAUCCAUCCGCCCUUGCCACUCAACCCACGCUCGCCUUUUCCGCUUAGACGCCACCCUCCUCUCUCUCUUCCCCGAGAUCGAUCCGUCCAUCGAUCGUGUUCGUACGUGCCUCCAUCCGUCCGUCCUCUCCAACUCGUGCUCGAUCGUCGUGGAGAGAUCAGGCCACCGAGCGAGGUGAUCGAGAUGGGAGGGAGAUCGCCGCCGUCAGCGGGGUGGCGGCGUUGGACGCCGCCGCCGCUUCUUCUUCUCCUUCUCGUGUCAGUGUUGGCGGUGGAGGGGAGGUUCGUGGUGGAGAAGAACAGCCUGCGGGUGACGUCGCCGGCGGCGCUGCGGGGCGUGUACGAGUGCGCCAUCGGCAACUUCGGGAUGCCGCAGUACGGGGGCACCAUGCACGGCGUCGUCGUCUACCCCAAGGCCAACACCAAGGCCUGCAAGCCCUUCGCCGACUUCGGCCUCUCCUUCAACCCCAAGGCCGGCGGCCUCCCCGUCUUCCUCCUCGUCGACCGCGGAGACUGCUACUUCACAACCAAGGGAUGGAACGCGCAGACCGCCGGAGCCGCCGCGGUCCUCGUCGCCGACGACAGAGCGGAGCCCCUCAUCACCAUGGACACCCCAGAGUCGAGCGGCAAGGAGCACCUGGAGAACAUCACCGUGCCCUCCGCCCUAGUCUCCAAGCGCUUCGGCGACGACCUCAAGGGCGCGCUCGAGAACGGCGACAUGGUGAACGUGCUCCUGGACUGGAGAGAAUCCCUCCCUCACCCGGACGAGCGCGUCGAGUACGAGUUCUGGACCAACAGCAACGACGAGUGCGGCGCGAAAUGCGACAUGCAGAUGAGCUUCGUCCGGGACUUCCGGGGCGUGGCGCAGGUGCUGGAGCAGCGGGGGUACACCCAGUUCGCGCCGCACUACAUCACCUGGUACUGCCCGGAGGCCUUCGUGCUGAGCGCGCAGUGCCGGUCGCAGUGCAUCAACCACGGCCGCUACUGCGCCCCCGACCCGGAGCAGGACUUCACCACCGGGUACGACGGCAAGGACGUGGUGGUGCAGAACCUGAUCCAGAUCUGCCUCUUCAAGGUGGCGAACGAGAGCCGCAAGCCGUGGCUGUGGUGGGACUAUGUGCACGACUUCGCCAUCCGGUGCCCCAUGAAGGAGAAGAAGUACACCACCGAUUGCGCUCAUGGUGUCAUCAAGUCGCUUGGAAUGGACAUUGACAAGAUUACCCAAUGCGUCGGAGACCCUGACGCCGACGAAGACAAUCCGGUGCUCAAAGCAGAGCAAGAUGCUCAAAUUGGUCAUGGUGCUCGAGGGGAUGUUACCAUACUGCCGACUUUCGUCGUCAAUAACAGACAGUACAGAGGGAAACUGGAUAAAAGGGCGGUGCUACGAGCGAUAUGCUCGGGAUUUGAGGAGACGACCGAACCCGAUAUCUGUUUGACUCAAGAUAUACAAACAAAUCAGUGCUUGGAAAACAAUGGAGGUUGCUGGCUGGACAAAAAUACUAAUUUCACCGCGUGCAAGGAUACCUUCCGAGGGCGGGUUUGCGAAUGCCCGGUUGUCAAUGGCGUCAAGUUCGUUGGCGACGGGUACACCCACUGUGAAGGUAAACUUGUUUCUUCACCGAAUCAAAAUGAUCUUCGUGCAACCUACACUUUUUAUGCGUUCAUGGGUUUGGCAGCCUCUGGCGUUGGUCGAUGCCAAAUCAACAACGGAGGCUGCUGGAAGGAGACCAGGAAUGGCAAGUCUGUCUCUGCCUGCUCGAAUGAGCAAGCUAAGGGCUGCAAAUGUCCGCAAGGCUUCAAGGGUGACGGCAUACACGGUUGCGAAGAUGUUGAUGAAUGCAAAGAGAGGCUCUUCUGCCAGUGCAAGGACUGCAGCUGCGAGAACACAUGGGGGAGCUACGAGUGUGGCUGCGGUGGUAGCAACAUGCUAUACAUGAGAGAGCAUGACACUUGCAUCAGCAAGGUCGCGACUUCGUCGGUGGGCUGGGGGUUCAUGUGGGUCAUCUUCUUCGGCCUCGGUUUCGCGGGAGUUGGAGCAUACGCUGUCUACAAAUAUCGGUUACGGAGCUACAUGGAUUCAGAGAUCCGCGCGAUCAUGGCGCAGUACAUGCCGCUGGAGAACCAGGAGACGUCGAGCCACCAACGGCAUGUGGACCACGCCGACAUCUGAAACAGCAAAGAGUUUUACAUACGGAUCAUCAAGCAUAAGAGCUGCCGUAGUUUCUCUCCUCGCGUCCGUGGUUCGUGGUAUCGUCAGAGCAGUCGGGUUCAGAGCUGGAGUUUUGAAUUCAGAAGAUUGGUUGGUUAGCUUAUGAUUCUGGAAGACGAAAUACUUUUUUCCUUUUUUCUGAAACUUUGAGGACAGGUUUAGGAUCGAUCUCACCGGAGUUUAGCCCUCAUUUAGUCAUAAUUUCGAUGCUCGUGGUCUUUGUUCAGCGUGAUGACAUUGUGUAAAUACCGUUGUUCGUUCGGACUGAAUCGCCUUUGCUGCCCUUAAUAAAGAGACCAGAAGAGCAUUUAGCCUA